AUGUUUAUUCGACGUAUUUAUUACUUCUUAUUUAUUUUCAUUAUUCCGAUUUUAACUUGUCCAAUUCCAUUCGACAUCCAAUCGAAGUGCCGAUGUGCAAUCACGGAAAAUGGCCGUGUCUAUAUCUAUUGCGCUCGCAAACAAUUAACAGAUAUUCCUCGAUUUAAUAACAGCAAUAUCAUCUUCGAUGAACUUGUCCUAUCCGGUAAUCGUAUAUCAAUUGUACAUAAAAAUGCUUUUAAUGGUUUGAAAUUACGUAAACUUGAAUUUCAAUCCAAUCCGAUUCAAUCAAUCGAAAGCAACGCUUUUAGUGAUUUAUCAAAUUAUCUCGAAGAAUUCAUCUUUUCUACGACAAUCUUUUCUUCGCAAUUGACAACUGAUACAUUUGUCCAAAUUCUAUCUGAACUACCCAAUUUAAAACGUUUACUUUUACGUUCAUUUGACUUGUCAAAUUCGUUUAAUCUGACGACGAAUAAACCUAUCUUAACAUCGAGAAAAUUAACACAAUUGUCCUUACAAUCAUGCUCAAUAAAUCAAAUCGAUGAUAUCGAAACAUUUGUGAAUCUCUUUCCGAACCUAGAACGAUUGGAUUUAUCGGAAAAUCGCUUCGAAUAUUUCAAUAUUCCAUUGGUUUUAUCGUUGAAAAAAUUGAAAACAUUGAACUUGAGUAAAAACAAAAUUCGCCACUUGAAUAUUCAUCGUUCAUUAUCAGCAACAACAUUUCAUCCAUCAAAUUCUUUAAUCGAACUUGACUUGUCAUAUAAUGGGAUCGAAACAAUCGAUGAACAUAUAUUCGAACUCAUCUCCUCACAAUUGGAAAUCUUGAAUCUUCGAAACAAUGAAUUAGUCACCGAGAAACACCUGACAUUUCUCAUUCAUUUGUAUUACCUACGUGAAUUCUACUUUGAUUACAAUCGUUUGGAAACAAUCAAUCAAUUAUAUCUGCCAUUGAAUUUGAAAAUUUUAUCGUUAAAACACAAUCGUUUGAAUUAUAUCAAUUUAUCCAUUUUAACGCGACUUGGACACUUAGAGAAGCUGUAUCUUUCGUCGAAUCGUAUAACUCAAUGGUCAUCAACGAUGAGCAGUAUAUUUCCCUCGUUGGAAAUCCUCGAACUCGAUCGAAACCAUUUGUCGUUGAUCGAAGGAUUAAAUGCACCGAAAUUGAAACAAUUGAAUUUAGAUGCAAAUUUUCUCAGUCAUCAGAUCGAAAAGAAAACAUUCGCUAAUUUACCAAUUCUUGAACGGCUUCAUCUACGCGAUAAUCAGAUUCAAGUGAUUGAUAGCCACGCAUUUCGAAAUACACGUUUGCAAAUACUCGAUCUGUCAAAUAAUAGUUUAACAGCCAUUCCGUAUUUAAUCAAUCUCAAUGAAACGUUACAAAGUUUAUCCCUUCGGCGUAAUCAAAUAUGUAUCAUUGAUCAAGCAAUUCUAAACUAUUAUCAAACCUUACAAACACUAGAACUCGACCAAAAUCCUUUACAUUGUGAUUGUCAUUUAGGACAAAGUACUCACGAUCUAUUUCGUACGAAACUCAAAGUCACCGGUCAAUGUCAAUCACCACCGGACCGACAACAUAUUAAUCUUGUCGAUCUACCCAAUGAACAAUUACCAUGUAGCUACAUGACUUUACCUCAGUGUGCAACCAUGAUUAAAUCCUCACCCGAAACUACGAGCAGCACAACAGUGAAAAUAACAACGAACAAUUUAGUUGAAGAAUUAAUCGAAGAUACGCACGAUCAACAACAACAACAGCAACAAUCGUCUACGAGCACAGGAACUGUAACAGAAGAAUUAAUUAUCGAAAGAAUUCGAAUAUCGAACUUGAUCGUCCGACCAACACUCGAUCGAUCGCAGUUAAUUAUUCAAUGGGAAUUGUAUCCAUUGUUGAAUGGCGAGAAUUCAAAUGAAGAUUUUCGUCGAACUUAUUAUAAAAACCAUGAAUUAUAUGGAUUUAAGAUUAGUUCGAAUUCGCCCAUCUACAAAAUGAGCGAACUGCUCGAUGUUCUACAACGGAACUAUACGAUCGAUUACAUCCAACACGGUGAAAUCUGUUUAUUUCUCUUGCGAAAAAGUGACUAUGAAAAGUUUUGCAAACAAAUACAAUUUCCACUAAUUGAUCUACCGAAUCAAGCGAUCAAGUCUUCAUUGAUCAAUGAUUCCAAGCAGACUUGGUAUACGAUCGAACCAACAAAAAGUAUCCUAAUCGGUUCAUUAUUCGGCAUCAUAUUUGUCUUCGCUCUACUCAUCUUCGCAAUUCUAAUCAUCACACGUUGUCCACAGCUGUUAUUUUGUCAGAAGAAUUCCUCAAAAUAUCAUCAAAACAAUGAUUCAAAAAGCGAAACACUUCUGGUGCGUCCAACUCCAACAAAUAUGGCUCCCUGGUUAUCCCCCACAGGACAAUUGACACUACCUCACCCACCUGUUCACCAUCGGCAUCAGCAACACUCUCGACCGAUCAGUUAUCAAGCAAGUCUUUCUACUCAGUGUACAUGUCCAACACAUUAUCAUAGCAGUGGUUCCUCGUCCACUGACGCAAGUUCGAAUUUUACUCCCGCACCGAACUAUCAUAUCUAUCAAGAAAUCUUACACGAUGACUACAAUUCACAGAUGCUGGCAAACAAUUACCGGACUUGCCGACCACUCCAUAUCGAUACAAACUCACCGCCAACAUCCACAUCGACUAACAUGACAACAAUGACUAAUCCUGAACAGUGUCAACUUUGUUCACUUAGUGUACUUGUAUAG